UGGAAACAGAGUAGGAGUUUAGGUUCUGAAGUGAAGGGUGCGGGCAGAGAGGGCAGCAGGGUGCCCGUCCGGGGGGUAUGCACGCUGGGAGCGGCACUCUCUAGACCCGCCUUGUGAUCAGCUGGUCUCUUAUCUGCCGGGCACAUAUGCACUCACUGGAGAUAGCCGCUGUCCCAGUGCGGAUGUGCAGAGAGAAGUGUAGGUCAUGCACCUCCUGUGAUCUUGUGUGACACAUACACUAGGGAAGGAGCGUCCUGGUAUGAAGCGCGUCCAUUCCAUAGCCCCGUGUACACACUCCAGUGUGACCCGGUAUGCGGACAUAAGCGCGUCUAUGAGUCCGUCUAGUCUAUGAGGCUGCGUCUUCCGUGCAGAUCCGACUGCUGGGGCUUGAAGACAUGAUGCCCGGGUCUAGAUGGGCAGUGUGUGCGCUCCUCGUCCUGGUCCUGGUACUCGAUCGCCCUAUUGAUGCCAGUUCUCCGGACCUGGCGCCGCAGGAGCCCAACUUCAACGGGCAUGAACAUCAUGGGGUCACCGAUAAGCCACACGGCACCGGCAAUGUCACCAGUAGCCAUAGACACCGCAAGCUGUUCCCGGUGGUGGGCAUGGAUUACGACUACAUUAGAGAGCCCUUUGAGAUCGCCUUGUGGAUCCUGCUGGCCUGUCUGAUGAAGCUGGGUUUCCAUGUGAUCCCUACUUUGUCCAAUGUUGUCCCGGAGAGCUGUCUGCUGAUUGUUGUUGGCCUCCUGGUUGGAGGCCUUAUUAAGGCUGUUGGUGAAACUCCUCCAGUCUUGAAGUCAAAUGUCUUUUUUCUUUACCUUUUGCCACCUAUCAUCUUAGAUGCUGGGUAUUUCCUUCCACUGCGAUCCUUCUCAGAAAAUGUAGGAACAAUUCUAAUAUUUGCGGUGGUGGGUACACUCUGGAAUGCUUUCUUCAUAGGCUCUCUGUUGUAUGGUGUGUGCCAGAUCAGUGGGGCAGCACUAAAAGAUGUAGGACUCUUGGAUAACUUGCUGUUCGGUAGUAUCAUUUCGGCUGUUGAUCCUGUUGCUGUCUUGGCUGUAUUUGAAGAAAUCCACAUCAACGAGUUACUCCACAUCUUGGUGUUUGGAGAGUCCUUACUUAAUGAUGCCGUCACUGUGGUUUUGUACCAUCUCUUCGAAGAGUUUUCUAGCUUGGAUCAAGUGGCAUUCCGUGAUAUCGCCCUUGGGUUCCUGAGUUUCUUUGUUGUCUCCCUUGGAGGGCUGUUUGUAGGACUUGUAUACGGCCUAAUCGCAGCCUUCACUUCCCGCUUCACAUCCCACAUCAGAGUUAUUGAGCCGUUGUUUGUUUUUCUCUAUAGUUAUAUGGCUUACAUGUCUGCAGAACUCUUCCAUCUCUCCGGAAUUAUGUCUCUUAUUGCCUCAGGAGUAGUAAUGCGACCUUAUGUUGAGGCUAACAUUUCCCACAAGUCUCAUACUACAAUCAAAUAUUUCCUGAAGAUGUGGAGCAGUGUCAGUGAGACCUUAAUCUUCAUCUUCCUAGGGGUCUCCACUGUGGCUGGACCCCACUCUUGGAAUUGGAUUUAUGUAAUCAGUACGCUAAUAUUCUGUCUGGUAGCACGUGUACUAGGUGUUAUGAGCUUGACUUGGUUUAUUAACAGGUUCCGCAUAGUCAAAUUGACAACCAAAGACCAGUUUAUUAUUGCAUACGGUGGCUUGCGAGGUGCCAUUGCGUUCUCUCUGGGAUAUUUAUUGCAUAGUCCAAACAGACUGAUGUUCCUCACUGCAAUAAUAACAGUCAUAUUCUUCACAGUGUUUGUACAGGGAAUGACAAUUCGACCUCUGGUGGAACUUUUAGCUGUUAAAAAGAAGCAGGAGACCAAGCGUUCAAUAAAUGAAGAGAUUCAUACUCAGUUCCUUGACCAUCUUCUGACUGGAAUUGAAGACAUAUGUGGUCACUUUGGCCAUCAUCACUGGAAGGACAAAUUGAACCGCUUUAACAAAACUUAUGUGAAGAAGUGCCUUAUUGCAGGAGAGAGGUCCACCGAGCCACAGCUUAUUGCCUUUUAUCAUAAAAUGGAGAUGAAGCAUGCAAUCGAAUUGGUAGAGAGUGGUGGCAUUGGGAAGAUCCCAUCUGCUGUAUCUACUGUAUCCAUGCAGAAUAUUCAGCCAAAGCCUAAGCCAUUAGUUAGAGUAAUUCCAUCACUUUCAAAAGUAAAAGAGGAGGAGAUCCGCAAGAUCCUACGCAACAAUCUUCAAAAAACACGACAAAGGCUACGCUCUUAUAACCGGCAUACAUUGGUUGCUGAUCCAUACGAAGAAGCUUGGAACCAGAUGUUACUUAGAAGACAAAAAAUGCAUCAAGUAGAUCACCGGGCUGCAAAUUAUUUAACUGUUCCUGCGCACAAGUUGGAUUCGCCCACUCUUUCCAGAGCACGUGUUGGUUCAGAUCCUGUCGCUUAUGAACCAAAGUCAGAUUCUGAGAAUCUUCCAGUAAUCACCAUUGACCCAGCUUCCCCUGAGUCUGUGGAUCUUAUUGAUGAGACACAAGAGGAAGGUGAUAAUGAUGGUGGGAUCACUAUGGUUGCCAGAGAGCCCCCUUCACCUGGGGCAGAUGAUGUGUUUGAUCCCAGCGAAAGCCCAAACACACAACGCUUGCAAAGAUGUCUGAGUGAUCCUGGACCCCAUCCUGAAGAAAACCAGCCUUUUCUCCCUAAGGCAAAGUGAUCAUUAUGUAACUGGACUGAAACAGAUGACACAGGCAAUAGUCAUUCACCCUCUUCGUGCUUUCCCUCCCAAUGUGCUUGCAUUUAUGCUUUCUAAUUCGUUCUUUCAGGGGGAAAUACUAUUUUCCACCACUAAACCGCAACCAAUACCUUAUACAGUAGGGAUCGAGGCUUUUAAACGCAUCCUCAUCAAUAUUGUUGUUUGCUGCAAUAUCUUGUUUGAACAUGGAACACAACAGAUUGUGUUAAAGAGUCGUAGGGGGGUUCCACUCUUCUGAAAAGCCAUCCUGGCCAGUCCUUAAAUAUGCUCUUGCUGGCUUGACUGACAUCCCUCAGGAUGGGUAAAUCAUUUCAAGCCAGCUCCGGGAGCACAGUGAAGCAAGCAAUACUACCUGCGGCUUAUUUUGCACUUGUGCCAGAUGCUGCCAGAAAUUCUUGCUAUGGCAUAUUCCAGCCAGUGAGACGUUCGCUUAGGAGGGAGACAGACAGUGUUUCUUUCCAUUAGAGUGGCUCCACUCCAUGUCUCUUCACUGCUAUGGCACAUGCUACUUUAUAACUCCAUUGUAUAACUUAUACUGCAACAAACACUUUGUAUAAGGGCAUCUUUAAAACCCCAUUAGCUUCUCGUGUAGUGGCAUGGUGGCAGUUUAGGGGCCUGUAAUUGUUCCCAUGGCAGGCCUUAAAUUCCAGAAUUUAUCACCUAUUUAUUAUGUUGUUUUUUUUUUUUUUUUGCCUUUAUUGCCAUAUUUUUAUAUUUUGUUAUUUUAUAUUUCUAACCAAAGAAAUUUAAAUUGCUCUAUAUUUGGUUUCUUAUAUAGUUUAUUUUAUUGCUCUCUUUUUAUAUACGUGGUGAUGGGUCUUAUGCUGGUGUUAUGCCAAUAAUCAUUUGCUAAAAACAGAUCCAAGCACUGAGGUUUAUGAAAAAUAUCAGUCAUAUCAAAAUAUCGACGUGAAAAACUUUAAGCUUGCCUUAUAGCUGCCUAUUCUGUUCAUGUGAAUGUAUGAAUACUCCAAUACACAUGCACACUAAUGUAACCCUGAUAAUCUCCUCCCCCACACACACACACACAUACCAGCAGUAAACAUGUAAACCAUCAAGGUACUCCAGCUUUAUGGCCAGUGUUGAAAAUGCUUCCCUUCCCUACCCCUUUCAUAGGGUACAAGUCACAUUACUAGAGUGGAACAUUUAAUUUACCUAUGGGUGUAUUGGAACAUGUGCUUGGCAUUUUGUCACUGUCAAUAGAUGUGAAUUAUAAGCUAACUAGAUGGACCAUGGGUCUCUCAUAAAAAUGCCAGUUAGUGUGCAGUCACCUUUAGGGAACAAGCACCUCCUAAGCAGCACUGAUUCUACAGUUGAGGACAGAUGAUUGUGCAAUAAUGUUUGUGAACACUAGUGUAAAGGAGAUACCCGCAUGCAUCAUGUGCCUUUGCUCUGCACAUAGAAGAAUGUGUCAAAGGUGAGCAGGGGAGAAGUGUGUACAUUCACUGCUGUGCAGAGAUGCCUCUGCAUGCACAGUUCUCCCACACGGUGGUUUUUACAGCCUACUGUAUAAAGGUGAAUAGUUUUUGUGGUGUCUGUAUGAGGACUAUGGAAGACAUUUCUUUUAGUAAAUAAAUGUAUGAUUUUUU